UAUUUAAUAAAAAAUUGGGUGUUCCUAUAAAAACCCUAAAAUUCUCCAUGACAUCUUUUUCCUCAUUAUUUGUCUAUCUUCCUCUAUCCUCUCUGUAUAUAGGAAAUUCAAAUUAGGGAUAAAAAAGAAGAUAACCAUAGGUUUUUAUUUUUCUCCCAAAUUGCUAUAUUUCUUUCAUUACUUACGAUAGAGAAGAAACUCAUGGAUUCAAGUGCACGGGCCUUGCUGGGUAAAUGAUUUGGUGGUUUAGGGGGAGACAAUGGCAUUGGUGACCCAUCAAAUGCAGGUGAGUUAUGGAUAAGGGUUCUUAUGUAACACUACCUUCGAAGCCCUCAUGGAGCAAAGGAAUGAAAUUGAAACACUAUGUAAAAACUCUCUACAUGGUUGGGAGAACAGAUAGGUCUUUCUUGCUAAAGCGCAAUAGUCAUUUAAGUGUAGGGACUUCUUGCAUGUGUGGACUAAAACCUAGAACUUUAAGGAUUUUAGCCUUCAAAGGAAGUGCUCAAGGUGAAUCUGGUGGCAGAGCAUGUGGACCAAAGGUUUCCAAGAAGUUGGUCAAAUUAAAGGAGAACGAGGAUACUGUAACAGAAUCUCCAAAGACAAAUGAGGUUCCAAUUGCUUAUGCUUCUGAAGCAAACGAGAGUAUUGCAUCUUCCCCAGCUAUUCAUGGACUAUUCAAGAAAUGGUUAGCAAUUCUGCGAACACAAUCCUCAAGUCAAAUGGUGGACGGAAUUUUAGGAGAAGAGCCACCUCCAAGGGAGAUAUCUGAAAUGGAACAUGUGACACAAGACAAAGGAAGAAGUGAAAUUCUGAAAGCUGUUUGGCGCCACUGUCUCAGUCUGGAUGCAACAAUAAAGAUACCCUUGAUGAUAUUCAUCCCUGGGUACCUGGCAGUUAACAUGAUGUAUGGAGCUGAAGUUUCGAAGGAGUUGACUCCUUUAUGGGUUUUGGGGCCUUUGAUUGUAGCUCUCUACGUCAAGUUGUUUCAAUGGUUGUUUGCACUCUACGUCUUCAGCUUCAAACAGACGGUUAAAGUAAUUAAGAACCUACCCACUUACUACAUGGUGGCAUACAGCUACAUUUCAAAAGGGAAACUCAAAAAGGAUUUACAUAGCUUCUGGCAACCUGUAGAAAACAUAAAGAACCUAAACUACAAAGAACUGUCCAAAAGAAAGCUGAAAGAAUUGGAAGGGUGGAUAGUGGAGAGGUACCUUGAUUUUGUGGAGUCAAUAUGGCCGUAUUAUUGCAGAACGAUCAGGUUCUUAAAAAGGGCUAAUCUCAUUUAGAUUUUGGGGGUGGCAUCUUGAGAAAAUGUGUCGAGUCAUAGCAAAAAUUGAAAAUUUAAGGUUGCGUCUGACAAUGUUUUGAAGAGCAUAGGAUUCAUGAAAGAGAACCAGCUAACCCCAUUUUGGAUUUGGGGUUGUCUUCUUCUUGAGAGCUAGUCAAUGAUCAUAUGGUCAAGCAGUGUUGUUUGAUUUAUGUAAUAUUUUUAAGGCAAUAACUUCAUAUUUGAUGAGGUUGCUCUAUAUUUAAUUUGUUUAUGUUGUAUUCAGUUGCUGCCAAAGGGUUUUUCUCAGGAUCCAUUAAAACUCUUCUAUCAGAUCCUUAAUUGAGCUUGGAAAUGGCUUGUUUCCAAGUUCCUUUUCUUU